AUGGGGUGGCCUGCCGGCUUGCUGAUUGCACUCGUGGCUGGUCUGGUAACGGGUCAAGAGGGCCUCUCCAACGGCAAGACGAAAAAUGGACUCAUCGGAUACGGGAUUCGACUGUACGAGCCAGCAUGUGCUCACGCAUGCUGGGACACCAUCGCUUACAUGACCAACUGCACAACCGACAUGUCGAAUUCACGAUUCCUCAACCCCGACAUCACCGCUGCGGACAGGACUACUACCGACAAAAGCGAGGUGGAAGAAAACCCCUACUGCAAUGCGCAAUACGAACCAUAUCUGCAAACACUGGCGUGGUGCAUACACCAAGAAUGCCAGGAAGAAACGGAGCUGGACCUGGAGCGGUUCUGGUGGGACGAAGGCCCAGGAAAGGACAACAGCUCCGUUGAGACAUAUUCUCAAAUCUGGGCGCGCGUAAAAGACACUCCGAUGGAACCGAUCAACGAGCACGCCACCCUCAACUACACAGCGACAGUGCCCAGUGAUCAGUGGAAGCUCAACUACGACAACAUUGUGAGUCUGACGAGGAUAGAGAUUACGCACGAAAAGUAUGCUUUGAUUCUGUUUCUUUCCUGCGCCUUGAUACCCAUUGGCUUGUCCUUGCUUCGCUUCCUUCCUUGGCCGGCGGCCUGGGUUGCCCGAUUUCACGCCUACAUCAUCGACCCUCCGUUCAUCGGCCACCGACAAAACGAGCUCAUCGGCGAAGUCUUCAUGAUGCCCACGCGCGGACAGGCAUUCUUCAUCGCCUACAUGUGGAUCAUCAACAUUGUUCUCUCCGGGACGGGGUAUUGGUUUGUGCCGGGCAGCUUCUGGUACAAAAACGACACGCACCAACACCUGACGCACGUCGCCAACCGCCUCGGCAUGCUGUCCUUUGCCAACAUCCCGCUCCUCAUCCUCUUUGCCGGCCGCAACAACGUUUUGCUCUGGCUCACAAACUGGCCGCGCACCACGUUUUUGAUGAUGCACCGCUGGAUCGCCGUCAUCUGCAUGCUCGAAGGCGUCUUGCACACGUUUCUCUUCUUUUACGCCUACUCAGUCAGCUGGUACGCCAUGACCAUGAGCGUGCUCGUCACCAAAGGCUACUGGCUCUGGGGUGCCGUGGGCGUCGUCGGCCUCUUGGUCCUCGUCGUCAGCGCCGUGCAGCCCGUGCGCCGGCGCGCCUACGAGCUCUUUGUCGUCAUCCACAUUGUUGCUUCAAUCUUGGUUCUGGCGGGGUGCUACCAGCAUGUGGUGCUCCGCUUCGGCCGGCAGCGCGGGUUCGAGACGUGGAUGUACGUGGCCUUGUCGGUCUGGGGCUUUGACAGGGCUGUCCGUCUCAUGCGCGCCUGCAAGAGAGGCGUCAAGAAGGCCUACAUCAGCCCCGUCGACGCCGACUACAUGCGUGUCGAUAUCCCGGGCGUCAGCGCCCGCGGACACGUCUAUCUGCACUUUCCUACCAUCAGCAAGUGGCGGGUGUGGGAGAGUCACCCGUUCUCGGUGGCUGGCAGCAGCUGUCAAAACACCAACAAGUUUGGGUACGGCCUGGACCUGGAUAAGGCGAUCUGGCCGCCGGUGGGAGAUGCGCUGUCCACUCCGACGCACCUGGCGACGGCGUCGUGGAAGCCCCAGGCGAUACAGCGCAAGACGGGCGUCACACUGUUCAUCAAGAAGCAAAAGGGCCUCACGGCCAAGCUCGGCGCGCUCAACACGGGCGAUGAGGGUAUACCCGUCCUGAUGGAGGGGUCCUACAACGAAGAGGUAUCGUUUCUGCAGGAAAAUCAUCUCCAGCCGACGCCCGACUACCAAAACAUCAUCUGCUUCGCGGGCGGCGUGGGCAUCACGGGCGUGCUGCCGUUCCUGGACAAGUUUGGCGGUCUGACGAGCCACGGGUCCAAGCGGCUGUUUUGGACGGUGCGCAGCAUGCCGCUGGUGUACGCGGUCGAGGACAUGCUCGGGGCGUACGCGGGCGCGCAGGGCUCGGAGCGGCGCUGGGGCGACAUUGACGUGAGUGUGUCGUUUGGCCGGUUCAGCAUCCGCAGCGCGCUGCAGGAGCACCUGGACUGGGUCACGGGAGGGUCGAUUGUGGUGGUGUGCGGGCCGGCCGGCAUGGCGGACCAGGUGCGGAUGCUGGUGACGAGUAUGGCGGCGGAACCGGAGCGCAAGAAUAAGCCGCUGAAGCUGAUUGUUGAGAGCUUUGCGUGGUAG